AUCCUCACCACCCCUCGUCACAGCCUCGUCACAGCCUCGCCCCAGCCUCGGGGUCCUCUGCAGCCACCUGCGCGUGUACGCUAUUGUCACGCAGUAAGGAGGGGCUGCGAGGCGCUCAGCCCACCAGGCACUCCAGGGAGGGACCGAAACUACAACUCCCAUCACGCCCCACAGCCUGUUCCCUCCUCCUGCUUCCCUCCCCCCUCCUCCCUCGGCCAGCGGCCGAGAGGCUCUGGGCUUUUAUCUGCGGACCGGAGGGAGGGAGUCAGGUCCCCGCGAUCUUCCCCGACCCGAGGGAUCUGCCCGGCGGCGGCGGCGGCUCUUAGCCGGGUUUUGCCUCCGCGUCCCCGCCAGCCCCGAACCCGCGGGGGCAGACGGUCCGUCCGCGCGUGCGAGAGGAUGGUGAUCCGCGUGUUCAUUGCCUCCUCCUCGGGUUUCGUGGCGAUAAAGAAGAAACAGCAGGAUGUGGUUAGAUUUCUGGAAGCCAACAAGAUAGAGUUUGAGGAGGUGGAUAUCACAAUGUCAGAAGAACAAAGACAAUGGAUGUACAAAAACAUCCCCCCAGAAAAGAAGCCUGCUCAGGGCAAUCCUCUGCCACCUCAGAUAUUUAAUGGUGACCGAUACUGUGGAGAUUAUGACAGUUUUUUUGAAUCAAAGGAAAGCAACACAGUCUAUUCGUUCUUAGGCCUGAAAUCACGAUUGGCAUCAAAGACAGAAUCUUAGAGAAGACAAGUGGAAGAUGACGGAGAUGCAUUUUGGAGCACCCCCUGGUACUCAGCACACACCUGCUUACCUAAUGCAUCACUGUGACUAAAGCCACAUGCAUCAUCAGUAACUUUGCUUGCCAUGGAGAGGUGUUUUAGGAAGACAUGGGUAUAAUGGGGGAUUGCAUGAUUGCUUAAAACCAAAUCAGGACUGUGGUGGUUUUUUUGUUAUCUUCAGAAUUGCCUGCAGCUGCCUCAUUCACCUGGAGGUACUAGAUUUUACCUGUUACAGGUGUGCUUCCUUAAUGACUGAAAAAUAAGUGGGUGGGACCACUGGAGAGAAAAUGUUGGAUCUGCCCCGGGCUGUAUUUGAUGCCAGUAUUGCUCAGACUGGCCUCUCUUUAAGCUGCCUGGAUUGUAUCCUCGAAAUUAGUUUGCCAGGCUAUUAGAAAUCUUUUGAUCAGAAAGAAAGAUUUGCUGGUUGACAAAGAGCUGAAAAAUUUGCUGCAAAAUCACAAAUGUCACGAUUCUGGUGCUUUGUAAUAGCACCUAUAGAAAAAGUUAGAUGUUCUGGCCGCCUUUGGUGAUGGACACUCUUAUUUCCAUAAAUCCUCCAAAUUCCUACAGAUGUUUCCAAAAAUCACUGCUGCAACUAUGUGUGAUCGGGACCAAGUUACAGGGAUAAAAAUAGUUGCUAUUUUGUAAAAGAUAGGCUUCUUUAUCUCUUGCAAGAGAAAAAUUUCAUUUAAAUAUAUAAGACAGCUUAAAAGGUAUAUUUUAGAAGGUGUACAAAUUAAUUAGAUAGUAAAUUUAUAGGGAAAUUACCUGACUCCUAUCUGAAGGGAUUUUCAGCUCUAGCAACUUAUUUAUGCAUAAAUAGCAUAUUUUUAAAUGCAGCUUCCCUAACUAAUAGCUGCUUAUUCUAUUUUGUGAAUGGAUUAUAUUUUUUUGAGAAAAGGAAGAUCUUGGUUGGAUAUAUUUUGUGAACCCUUGAUGAGGUUUACUAAAAGAUACUAAUAUUGUGGUACAAUUUUUUUCCUGUGUUGCUUUUCAUUGAACCUCUAGCUUUGCUCACAUAUCUGACCAAUGUACGGUCCCAGAUUUUUCAGAGUAAUGUAGAUACAUGUUCUCAUUCCAUAUAUGGCUUCCAGUGGGCUUUCAGAGCAGUGUAUAUGAGAAAGAGGCUGUCAGAGAGUAGCUCUGAAUUGUACUUGGCAUGUAAAAUAUCUACUCCCUUUGGAGUGGAUGCUGAACAUGUCUACUCCGUUAGGGCAGAGGCUGCUUUUCUCCAUCCUUAUCCCUGCUUACAGUCUUUAGAGUUUUUAAUUGCCAAACAUAAGCAGUCUUAAAUAGGAUAAAUUCCAAGAGGGCUGCCUAAAAUAUCCUGCUGUUCUAAGCAUCCCAAUGCAGGACUUGUUGGUCAGAUUCUGAGCAGGAUGUAAGAAAUUGAAAGAAUAGAAGAAAGCCCUGUCACAUGUGUUGUUUCAUCCUCCAACUAACUAAAUGUGGACUACUCUAAAGGACUUGUUGAAUGCUAAAGCUGAAAUCCCAGCCUGAGAUUUGCAGCCCAGGACUACAACCAGAAGAAAAGCAUGCCACAGAUUUCUACUUGACUAGAACAAAUACAUGAUCCACGAUUUUCUCUCCAAGGAAAGCUGUUGUGAAAUUAUGGGUAUUACUGUUUAGUUGGCAUUAUUAAAUAAGUUCCAGGUCAUAUUCCGUUUGCUAAAUCCCAGGGACUAUCCAGGAAACUUUUUUCAACUGGAUACUGUGUUUGAGUAAAUGAGUCUUCUGAUAAGACCUAGACUUUCGUUUUCAGAUAUCAACAAUUUUCAAAGUUUAAUGCUACAGUGAGCUAACUUACAUUAGUCUUCUCUUCCCAGUGAGUGCUAAGAACCAACUUGGUAAGAUUGAGGGAAAUUCUGGGGUUGUGGGAUCAACAUGAUAUUUGCUAGAUUAAGACAGCUACUCACGUUUGUUCAUCUUGAAACUUUUGAAUUACUGUGGUCACAGUAGGACCAGAAUGGCUCUCCUGAACGGACUAGAUGGAUAGUAGUGCUAAAUUGCUACCAGUUACACAUCGUCUAACGCUCACCCCACUUUUUUUUUUUUUUUUUUUUUUUAAUCAGCA